CACUAAUACAACAUCAAAUUAAACAUACGAAAGUUCAAGCAAAUAUAAACCUUAUGAUAAAUUUGUUAGAUUUUCAUCGAGUACGAUCUAUUUUGUUCUAACAUUUGAAGCCGCAUAACCAGACCCCAACAAUAAUCAAUUCGCCAUGUCCCAGGUAGUUCAAGAUGGCUGCUCUCUUUUUGCAUUUUUGUGAAAGAUCUUUGCAGUGAGAAUUUCACAGAAUUCAGAAGUCCUGAAGGUUGCCGCUGAUACGGGCUGAUUGCACCAUUACCAUUAUGGCAACUGGUAGACAGAAAGUGUCAAGGGGUACAUGUAGUUCUUCUGAACCAAGGCGUCCGUUAUUGUAUCGACCAAACCCUACUGAAGAAGACCAGCAGUUGAAUUCUAAUGAAUUAUUUGAUGACAGACUUAACAACUGGACUAAUUGGCGUCCAAGCACAACAUUUGCAAAUCAACUACAGAGGCAGAAAAAAAAGAAGGAAGGCAACCGUGAUCGAGAGCUUCCCCUUGGACUUGAAUCUCCUCCAACCAGCGCUCUACUUCGUCACCAUACCCCGGCAACUUACCCAAGAACGCAAUUCAUCUCUGGUGUCCCUGCUGCAGAGCGUGCUGCUUUGGAAUCACUCAAGCAGAGAUUGACAUUCAGUGAAACUGACGAGCAGAGUGUUGAUAUGGAAGGUGCUCAGGCAGCUGCUAACAACGAACGAGAAGUGAGAAGACGUACAGCUGCACAUCCAUUACAACAACAAUCUAACAUAUUGAAUGAUGUUGAUGCACCUGAUAGAAAUCAAAUAGUUGCUCGUCUUAUGCAGAUACGGGACUAUCAGAAGCAAGCUGGGGCAAUGUUGAGCAAUCUGCAAAACUCCAGUGAUAGGGCGUCCAAUACUGAUCAAAUAAGGAAGCUUGAACGCCUCAUAGACCACCUCAAGGACCAAGAAAGAGGUUACAUGAAUCUUCUUCAGCGAAUGCUGACAGACGAUAGUGGCAUCGGAAUAAUGACUGAAAACCAACAAAACAAUUCUGGUGAAUCCAAUAGUACCUCACUAGCAGAGAGUGCCUCAAUUAACAUGGAUGCCAGGUCUGAUAUAUCCGAAGCAACUACGCAAGACGGCGCUGAUGAGAAUGUCGAGAAAGAAGACUAGAAGCUCUGAGUCAACAACAUGAAUUAUUGAAAAAAAUGCUCCAGCAACAGGAAGAG